CCUGGUCGCAAGUUAAUUUAUCACUUAUGGACAGGAGUAAUGUUUUAAAAGUCUUCGUUUUUAGUCGACCUGUCUACCUCUUCUCCCUAACGUUAGUACCAGACCAAACCAUUGAUGAGCUGCAAAACAUGAUCAACAACUUCUUUUGGUCUGGCAUGAGACCGUCAAUUAGUUUGAAAACGAUCAUUGGAAAGAAAACGGAUGGUGGUUUCGCACUCUUACAUCUCAAAACAAUGAUUGAAUCAUCCCGUAUUAAAUGCGGUCUUCGACUAAUGACUAAGAGUAACGUCAAAUGGAAAUUUUUCGGUUUGCAACUCAUGGCUUCGAAACUGUACCGCUUUUGCCCGUCCUUGUGGUCGAACUUGAUACCUCAUAUUGAUGAGGGUUCGACUCUUUACCAUGAGGUAGCAAGAUACACGUCUAAGUGGUUAGCAAGUGGUGGUUCAUCCAAUAUACUUAUCCGUUCCAAGGAUCCUUCGAUUUAUUGGCAACUGAUCUACAAAUAUCAUUUUCAAACGCCUAUUUGCUACCGUCGUAUUCCUUAUCUCAAAACAAUACAUUUCUUCAAAUUACUCCAUCAAAGUAAAUUGCCAACACGAGUGUUCGACAUCUGGAUACAGUUAGCCAACUACGGUCUAAACACAAGAACGCGCACUGGAAAAACAGACCAAAGUAAGGUGUGUGUUUUUUGUGAUCAAAACGAGACGUUGUACCACUUAUGAGCACAAUGUGUUUUCUUCGAGCCCGUUUUUCAGUCACUAACGAACCGUAUAUAGACGUUCUUUUCCGCUCGAUAACGAAUUACAUUUUUGAUACUCAUUUUAACCCUUGUACUACCACCUAGGGUCUAUUUAGACCCUGUUCUCAAUAACAAAGAAAAUAAGGUGAAAUAAUCUUUUUACAUGGAUCAAAGAAUGAAAUACAUUCUAUGAAUGCAUUCUAUAUUCUAUCGUAAAACGAUUUUACCGCCGUUUACGGGUCGUGUUGAAUCAUCUUGGAAAGCGUAUGAGCAAACAAUUCGAAACGCCAGUCAGCAUUCUUAAAAUGAAGGCUAUGGAAAAGAAUAACUGGAAGAAUUUUGGCACAUGUCUUUUUGGGUUAUUUCGAUUUUCUACACUCUGUUACAACGACUCUGUUGUAAGAAUUUAGCAGCAUUUAGCAAUCGAUUUAUUUUCGCAAAGUCGUAAAAAUGAACAAGCAAAUAAACACAAACUAACAGAAGAAAACACAAGACAAUCACUCAGCUGCUUUAUGCAGCGGUCGCCAUCUCCAUUUUCUUUUCUUCUUUUCUUUGCACUGCCUACAGUUCAAAAUCAGCAACUAUAUUAACUACCUACUACCCAAAUGUAAGAUCACUUCGAAUCGAUGACUUUGAAUUAAUUGAUAAUGAUGAUAGUAAUUCCAGUGCUAUAAUAACAAGAGCGAUAAUGUUGAAUUAUCUUAAAUAUGUGAAUUUAUCUUAUCCAAGUAAUCUAACAUGGAAGUGCUUUCCUAAGAUCUGGAUUAUUCCGAAUAUAAGUAGUUUAUAUCUUCAACCAUCAGAUUUAUUGGAUUUUCCAGCUGUGCUUUAUACUUCGGCAGCAUUUUGCAAUAAGAUUAAAUGUUUAGAAUUAAAAUUAGAAUUUAUAAAAAUAAGUUUAAGUCAAAUUGUCAUUUGCUUCGAUAAAUUACAACAUCUAAAUCUACGGUUAUGUUUCUUUAAAUAUGAUUAUGAUAAUGAUGAUGAUACAAGAUUAGAAUAUGAUGAUAAUGAUUUAAAUUUAUUCUGUUUUAUACUUAUGGAAAGUAAAACAUUAUUAUCAGCUGAUAUUACAAAUUAUAAUAUUAAAAUGAUACUCACACUCUACGAUAAACUGAUAAAUUUUAGCAAUUGUAGUAAACCAUCCUCAGCAGUAAUUGAAAUUGUGCAUGUUGUGCGUCUAAUUGUUCGAAAAUAG